AUGGCGUCGUCCGGGGCGCGGCCGCUGGGCUCGCCGUACUCCGCCAUCACCGUCAAGAAGGAGCCGUGCGACCGCGGCUACGAGCGCGAGCAGCGCGAGCAGCGCGAGCAGCGAGAGCUCGGCACGCUGCACGAUGUUCAGUUUGGCGGCGGCGGCGGUGGCUCGCAGCGCCGGGGCUCCCUGCAGCUGUGGCAGUUCCUGGUGGCCAUGCUGGACGACCCCACGUCCGCGGCCUGCAUCGCCUGGACCGGGCGCGGCCUGGAGUUCAAGCUGGUGGAGCCCGAGGAGGUGGCCAGGAGGUGGGGCCUGCAGAAGAACCGGCCGGCCAUGAACUACGACAAGCUGAGUCGGUCGCUGCGGUACUACUACGAGAAGGGCAUCAUGCAGAAGGUGGCAGGGGAGCGCUACGUGUACAAAUUCGUGUGCGAUCCAGACGCCCUUUUCAGCAUGGCGUACGGCGCGGCCCAGGCGUCCCAGGGGCCCCCGGGGGCGGGGGGCCACGCUGGUGGGGGGCAGGACUACCUCCCUGAGCUUGGCCGGGUCGGCUACUACCCGUACCAGCCGACGUCGCAGGAGUUCCCCGGGUACCCUGGAUCCUGCUACGGCCACGGCCCCCACGGCCCCCACGGCCCCCACGGCCCCUCGCCGCUGGACAGUCCGCACAAGCUCGGCGCCCCAGUCCUCCCCGCCCUGGCCCACGGGCCCGCUGGUUUCGGGAACCGGCCGUCGGAGGGCAGCACCAGUCCGUCCUGCGCUGGCAGCAUUUUGGACAGCCGGCCGUCCGGGGACAGCAGCUGCAGCAGCUACCCGGCCAGAGGUACCGGAGGCCCCGGCGUCGGCACUGUCGGGGGCGGCACCCCCGGGGCGUCGCCGGAAGACGGCCUGGUGUCCAAGCUGGACGGCGCGUACCAUUGCCUGGGGAGCUGCGUCUGCUGA